GUUGUGCGUCACAGUUUACCACAUGCAGACUGCAAUACUCAGCUGUUGACGUGGAUUGGCUUAUGACAUUACAAGGUGAAGGUCAUCUGUUCCUUUAAAACCAACUAAUUCUUGAUGGUCAUUCACUUCGGUCGCAAUCAGGAAAAUGACGAAACUUGUCGUCUGCUCCGUUUUGGUCGUCUGCCUGGCAUUGUCCGCUUCAGCAGCUAACUACCAGCGAACAGUCAUUGCAAUCGCAAGGCCCACAGAAUAUGUCGAGUACAUCUUCCUACAGGGCGGUGACAGAAUCGGAUCUCCUAUCCCCAUUCUCCAUAACAUGACCGUGGGGAACGCUCGCUCCGUCUACGCCCAGACAGCUGCCAAUGACAAUUUCCUCAACUGGGGAGGGAGCGAACCUGGUCAAGGUUCCUACACCAACAACGGCCGUCUAACACAGGCGGAGGGGACUCCGAUGAUCUGGACAACAAACGAUAGAAGUAACAGCGCGUCUGUAGAAGGUGAUGGCCAUGGCUUCACUGAACUCAACUACCAAGGAGAGCAUCUCUGGCUAGCUGACCUCUACAUGGAUUGCGACAAAACAAGCAAUGGCUGGUUUGAUUUCAAGGCUUACAUGGUGGACUUCCGUUCCGGAAAGGCAGACCCAGGAUGGGAGAGCCACUUCAUCAACCAGGAGUUCUGUAUUGUCGACGGGUCCAUGUGGGGUACCCAGAGCAACCACCAGUGGAACGCCCUCAACCACCAUGGGCGCUGUGGGUCCUUCAACUUCGUCAUGUGGUCCCAGAACCUGUGCUUCGCCAACAAACUGGAUGACCACAUGAGGCCAUACAGAGAUGAGUGGGUCGAAGACCUCUCUCGAGAACCAACCGCCGAGUAGAUAUAAAUUGUAUCAACACUUUGGCAGUUUCAGUGUAGAUUGCAUCGGGUUUUGAGUUUGUGGAGAUUUUUCAUUUUGAUAAAUCGUUUAUGAUUCCA